CCUCGUCACAGGCCUCCUUCCCAUUGGCUGUUCCCUUCUCCGGCCCCGCCCACAGCAGCCAUGGGCGAAGAUGGCGGCGCGGAAAGCGAGGCCGCGGCGCUGCGGCGUUUCCUGGCGGCGCACCCGGCCUUGGGCGCGCUCCCCUCCGGGAACAGGGUGCGCUGCGCCCUGACCGGCCACGAGCUCCCACUCCACCUCCCGGCGCUGGAGGCCUACGUCGCGGGGAAGAAGUACCGCCGGCUCCGCGGGAGAGAGGCCGACCUCGGGCCCCACGCGAAGCACCUCGUGCCCAGCCGCACCCGGCCGAGGCAGCUCUUCUGCCAGCUGACCCUGCGGCACCUCAACGCCCAGCCGGAGCACGUCCUGCGCCACCUCCACGGGCGCCGCUUCCAGGGGGCCCUGCACACGUACGAGCGGUGCCAGCGGGAAGGGCUGCCCUUUGUGCCGGCCGCCCUGCGCCACAAGCAGCCACGCCGGGAGCGGCGGGACGGAGAGCCGGCCUCCUCCUCCUCCUCCUCCAGCGGGGCCCAGAGGGGGAAGAAGGGGGGGCCUUUCUGGGAGCCCCCUCCGGACAGCAGCAGCGACACCGACGACAGCAUGAGCGACCUGUACCCGCCUGAGCUUUUCUCAGAAAAAAGCCCUGCAGAGGAGGAGGAAGAGGAAGCUGCCAUGGAGGUGGAGCCCCAAUCCGGACCCAAGAGGCAGAAGAAGCAAGUCGGGGGCCCGAAGAAGAGGUUGAAAAGCCACCGCGGGAAGCAUUUCGGGAGAGACAUCAAUGGGAAGUAGAUCGGCUCCACUCACGACGCGGACCGGGACUUUUCUGUUUCCUUUCGGUUGUGUUGCAUUGAUUACAUCUUGUUUUGUGAA